GUUGAGAAAAUAUUUUAAAUUAGUGUAAUAAAAUGUGUAAGUUGGUAAUGAGUAAUGAGUUAAGUUACUUUAUGCGCUGGCCCGAACAACCCGAAACCCGAUCCGCCCGACCCAAAAUCCGAUGAACCCGCAACCCGAUUUGCCCGCAACCCGAUUGAACCCGAACCCGAUGAACUCGCAACCCGUUUGAACCCAAACCCGAUUGAACCCAGCCCGAACCCAUCCGAACCCGCCCGAUUGACACCUAUAAUAGUGCAUGGUAUAGUGUUAGCUGAUGCAGUGAAGUUUCAUAUGGAAAUUGCUCUAGUUUGCGGGCUUAGUAAUUAUUUGUUUCCCUUCACAGAGUUCUGCUUUAAAGUGAUCACAUGGUCAGGUCUGCAUGAUAUCGAGAUCUGUUGUUGUCUACCGAGCAGAGCUGCUACUACUGGAUAUGCUACUGUCGGAGAUGCUGCUACUGCAAACCAACCGUUCAUGGAGUUUAGUCAGAUGAAUAGGCUACAACUCGUAAAGCUUUGCUCUCAAAAACUUUUCAAAUUGUUUAGCUAUUCAACAAUAUCUUGUGGAAGAAUAGUCUAAUGAUGGAGAAGAGACUCAAAGAUUCACGAGUUUAUGGAUAUUGAAGCUAUUCAAGAGUAUUUUGUGAAAGAACAGAAUAAAGAUUUGGAUAACUUUGAUGAUUCGGUCAACUCAUUGGAUUUGUAGAUGAUUUUUAUUAUGUCGAACUUUCAGGUUACAAUAGUUAGUCUUCUUACAUAUAUGUUAAUUAACG